AUGAACGCACGGUCCACCGUGCUCGCAUUAAUCACCCUCCUCGCUCUGCAUGUUCAAAGCGGCCUCGCCUGGGGCAACUUAGGGCAUCAGACUAUCGGGUAUUUUUUAGCGCCGAAUGCUCUCUCUUUCGUUCAAACCACCCUCGGCUCCCAGUAUAACUUUUCCCUAGGCCCUGCUGCUACAUGGGCGGACAUGGUUAAGUCGGAACCUGCGUUUACAUGGUCCAAAAACCUCCACUUUGUCGAUGCCGAAGACGACCCGCCAAGCUCCUGUUCUGUCGAAGAGAUUCGUGACUGCGCCGAUCAGAUUUGUGUCCUCGCCGCCAUCGCCAACUACACCACGCGCGUCGUCGAUCCUACCCUGGACGCGGAACAGAUCCAGGAAGCUCUAAAGUUUAUCGAUCACUUUGUCGGUGAUAUCGGACAACCUCUGCACGUCGAGGCGGUGGCCGCGGGAGGCAACGACAUCGACGCCACGUGCUCCGGCUCAAAGACAAACCUGCACGCUGUGCACACUGGCAUGCUCACGAAGAACGUCGACGCCGUGCACGGCGGUACCUCUGAGCAGUACGCCGCCGACCUCGUCGCCGAGAUCCAGACCGGCGCGUUCAGCUCGCUAACGGCCGACUGGCUCUCCUGCACGUCGACCACGGAGCCCGUCAACAACAAACGCGAGGACGCCACGCCGAGCAUCGAGCGGGACGUGCGUGCUCUCCUCGCCACACGCGACACGGCGAUGGUUACGCCACUCGAGUGUCCGCUCGGGUGGGCACGCGAGUCGAACGCAUUCGACUGUUCGACCGUGUUCAACUUUGAGCCUGAGGAAGAUCCCGAGCUGUGCGAGGGCACGUACUUCACGAACGCCAUCCCUGUGAUCGACCUGCAGCUCGCCAAGCAGGGCUUCCGGCUCGCGGCGUGGCUGAACGUCAUCUUCGAUGGCGCUCCGAUGCUUUCUUAG